AUGGCCCAUCCUGCCCUCUCCCGACCAGCCGACAACCACACCCACAGCAAACGCGCCAUUCCCGAAGGCGAAAGUGACGGCGACGUUCCACGCAGCGGUGUCAUAAACCUGUACUUUCUGUUCAUCGGCGUUGUCGUCAUACUCCUCCUCAUCGCCUUGUACCUGCUGCACCGCCGCAAGAAGAAGCGCAAGGAGAUUCUCCAGGCAACCGGGCAAGCGCACCUCGCACGCGACCUCGACGGCUGGGCAAACACCCGCCGCUGGAUCCACGGCAACCGCGCGCCGCUGCCGGAGCUCGCCCACCCGCCCGUCGAAGGCCUUAACGAGCACGGCGAGGCGCCUCCACCGUACCAGCCAGCACCGGGGCCCGCGCCCGAGGUCGCCGAAUCCCCUGUCAUCAUGGCUGGCGGAACCGAAAUGCACCAAACCCCGACGACAGCCGCGACGCCGGACUGGACGGGCAACCCCGCCGGCCUCGCCAUCCCCAUGCGCACCAUCACGCGCGACACGCAGGUCUCGAAGCCGCCCGACUACGACGAAGCGCUCGAGGGCCACGGGCACGGCGGCGAAGCCAGCGACCUGGCCGACGCAACGAGCUCGACGGCGAACCUCGCCCGGCCCUCCGUCGUGCGGCACGGCUCGUGA